AUGUCGGCACAGAUCGCUCCGCCGGAGCAUGUCUGCUACGUGCACUGCAACUUCUGCAACACAAUUCUCGCGGUCAGUGUUCCAAGUAAUAGCAUGCUGAACAUCGUCACCGUCCGUUGCGGGCACUGCACGAGCCUGCUGUCGGUGAACUUGAGGGGAUUAAUCCAGUCGCCACCUGUGCAAGAUCAUUCCCAGGAGAAUUUCAAGGCCCACAAUAUCAGCUUUCGUGGAAAUUACCCGGACUAUGGCACAUCUUCUAAAUACCGGAUGCCAAUGAUGUUCUCAACAAAAAGUGACCAAGAGCAUAUGCUCCACAUGAGACCAGCUCCUGAGAAGAGGCAGCGGGUUCCUUCAGCGUAUAACCGAUUUAUUAAGGAGGAGAUACGAAGGAUAAAAACAAACAACCCUGACAUAAGCCACAGAGAAGCCUUCAGCACCGCAGCAAAGAAUUGGGCGCAUUUCCCAAACAUUCAUUUCGGGCUAGGCUCCAAUGAGAGCAGCAAGAAGCUGGACGAGGCCAUCGCGGCGCCUAUCCCCCAGAAAGUUCAAGUUUGUGAGUGA